UUCUGAGAAAAAAAAAACUUCCCUACUGCUGGAUUACUUAAGACAAAUCAUGAAGCAGAUUAAAUCUUUUACACCGAUUAUAUCUCCAAUACAAGACAUUUUAACACUGAAUUUGGUGUGAGAAUAUUCAGACGACAAUCCCUGAUUUUCAACUGUAUCUAUCUCAAAAUAUAGAUUUUUUUCUUAAAGAUUUUAUUAUAACAUGGCAUUGAAAAGAUACGUUUUGCGUUGCUGCUUCAAAAUGAAGACUAGAUAUUCUUUGAAGAAGGUGUUCUUUAGUGUGACAUUAAUUACUUUGUGCUUCUUCUUGUACAUCUUUCAAUUGCAAUUCAGAAAUGUAAAGAAUAGUGAGCAAUUACUUAUUGAAGAUCACGCAGUAAUGUCGCAUUUUAAUUUACACGGAAAAAGAGUUUCCUCCGUUUCUGUUUCGAAUACAAAAUUGAUUAUAUCCAAUGGAAGUUCUGCAAUAAAAACUGAUAGUUUCAAAAGUAAAUUUAGCGUAGAGAGCAGUACUGUAAAACACCAGCAAAUGUCAAAAGUUCCUGGGGCGAAAUUACUUACAAAAACUCGUAAUACAAAUAAGUUUUUCAUCAAUGACCAAACUGAUUUAAAGUCGUUGUUUAAAAAUAAAGUUUUCAUGACAAAAAUUGAUUGUCAAAAAGUGGCACACUAUGAUAUCAAUGAAGUGAAUAAGGGUAUUAAAUUUCAAAACGCAAAACAGUAUAUUGGUUUGCCGGAUUCCUACUUUAGAAAUUUGACUCAAAAUUGUAAUAAUUUCAAGCAAAAAAUGGGUUACAUUACCAGUCAUAUGACAGAAGAAGAGUUAUAUUUUCCUUUGGCUUAUAGCAUUUUAAUGUAUAAAGACAUUGAACAAGUUGAAAGACUCUUAAGAGCUAUUUACCGUCCACAAAACUUUUACUGCAUACAUGUAGAUCAAAAAAGUAAAAGUAGUAUUUUAAAAACAAUGAAAGCAAUUGCAAAAUGUUUUACACACGUUCAUAUUCUUUCCCCUUCAAUUAAUGUACGUUGGGGAGAAUUCUCAGUUUUGGAACCGGAACUUCUGUGUAUGAAACAACUUUUACGCUACAAAUGGAAAUAUUUCAUUAAUCUCACUGGACAAGAGUUUCCAUUGAAGACCAAUUAUCAACUUGUUCGGAUUCUCAAAGCUUACAAUGGUGCAAAUGACGUAGAGGGCACACAAAAAAGAGCUAACACGAAUAGAUGGGAAAAGUCUGGUCCACCACCUCACGGUAUUAAACCAAUAAAAGGCUCCGUUCAUGUUGUAGUUCAAAGAGGUUUUGUUGAUUAUGCAUUGAAUUCUCCUGUGGCUAAAGAUCUACUUGAGUGGACAAAGACUGUCCAGAUACCAGACGAACUAUAUUUCGCCACGCUUAAUCAUAAUCCCCAUCUUAAAGUACCUGGAUCCUACACAGGCAUUCCAGAGACUGGACCCGAUAAACCAUUUCUUGCGAGAUACAAAAUCUGGGAAAAUACUGACAUACCUUUUCCCUAUAAUUGUAAAGGGAAAACUUCGAGAAGUAUUUGUGUAUUCGGUCUUGGGGAUUUACAAAUGUUAACUACUACACCAGCACUAUUUGCUAAUAAAUUCUUCUUACCAUACCAUCCAUUACUUCAAAAGUGCCUUGAAGACUGGCAUUUUAACAAGACCAGAGAUUAUUACCUGUACAAUAAGAAAUUUAAUACUUCAUUUUAUGAAAAUUUAAGUUUCGUUAAAAAUAAAAUUUGAAAUUUCAGUUUAUAUGAAAGUCUGUUUUGUAUAGCAUGAUUAUUUCUCUUUCUCACCCUUACAACCUAACUUCUUCAUUGACUGCCGAUUGUUACGCAAAUAGGAUUUCAAAAUUUGGCAGGCCAACAAGUUCGAGAGCCAGUAGAAGGCCAGCAAGAUCGAUUACAUCGAUCUCAGUGCUCAGUUGGUACUUAUUUUAUCGACCACGAAAGCAUGAAAAGCAAAGUUGACUUUGGCGGAAUUUGAACUCAGAACAUAAAGACUGACAAAAUGUCGCUAAGCAUUUAGCCCGGCAUGCUAAUGAUUCUGCCAGCUCACCGCCUUGAUCGUUACGUAAAUAAUGAUUUGAAACUAUUGGCAGAAGGACAGCAAGUUCGAAGGAUUUAAGUCGAUUACAUCGAUCCUAGUGAUCAGCUAGUAUUUAUCUUAUCGGCUCCGAAAAGAUGAAAAGGAUGAAAUAUUGAUUUCAAACAUUGACACACGGCCAGCAAUUUCAUCAACUCCGGGUGCUCAACUGAUAGUUAUCGACUCUGAAAUGAUGAAAGGCAAAAUCAACCACGACGGAACUGUUACGUUGAUAUUGAUUUCAAGUUUUGGCACAAGGCCAGCAAGUUCAAGGAAGUGGGUUUAAUCGAUUGCAGAAAAUUCAGCGAAGUGGGAUUUAAUCGAUUAUGUAACUGGUACUUACUUUAUCGAUCCUGAAAGGAUGAAAGGCCAGCAAUUUCGGGUGAGGUGGGGUGUCCGUUUGAAGUAUUAGUUUCGUCCAACUAACGAAACCGAUGUGAAACACAUCACAUUUUAUUAUAUGUAUGAUAAGAUUAGUUAAUCAUUUAGUGGGCAGAAUGAACCUUUAAAUGCAAAUGACAAACAGAACAACUAAGUAGAGGCGCUGUUGAAGCAGGAAAGUAGAAAAGCUGUUAUAUAAUUUAGAAAACUUCAAAUUGUUUCAUUAAGCAUUAUGAGACAAAUACAAAAAUUAAACUGAAUGACUCUAGCUCGUGUCGAAUGAUUUAGAAAAUAAAUCUUAUAUAUAAUGUGGAACAAAUUCAACAGCUUAAACGCUAAAGCAUUACUCACAAAUAUAUA